AGAGGGGGGAGGACUGCCCUGCAAGGUGGCACCUGGUAAAGCAAGUGAGUUAAAUCGGUAAAGUAAGGUAAGACAAGGCGCGCUCACCCUUCUCCAUGGUGGACUCGCCUCAAAUAAAAAGGUCUCUGUCUGCAAAUCCCCUUUGCUGGCCCGGUAAUCCACCCCGCCCCCAGCCCCGCGUGGCCGACCCGUACAGCUGUUUUUAAUCCCUGCUUUUCUCACUUGGCGUCCCGGCUCAGGCUGACCAGACGCGGAGCCACUUAGUGUUUCCUCCUCCCCCCGCCGUCUCCUCUUUCUCCGCCCGCGUCCCCCGGGGGGCAGAGUGUGGGAAGAACGAAUUUCCGCCGGCUUCGCUCGCUCCUCGCCGACCCGGGUCCCUUCCGGACGCAGCCCGCGCUGCCCCGGCUUCCCACCCGGCUGCGCUCGCUCCGAGGCGCCUCCUGCGGGGCCCCGUGGCCCGGGCUCGGCAGCCAAGCCGCACCCCAGGAGCUCCUGGAAGGGAUCCCUGUUUGCAGUUGGGGAAUCCGCUCAGCAGGGAGAAUCCGCGCCAGGGAAUCCAGCUCUCCGGACUCGGCUGCAAACAAAAACCACCAGGUCUCGCUCGCUCUUCCCGCCCCCGACGCAACAGUUUUGUGCAGAAAUGCAACAAGUAGCGCCCGGGACUCGCCGAGCGCUCUCUGCAUCCUGACUUGGCACCGCGCGAAGCCCGCCUGCGGAGACCCCGGCCAGGCACCGGACAAAGGGCGGAGGAGGGGCCGGGCCCUGCAGCGAAGUCCCAAAGAGGCCAUUUAGCGACUGUGGCCAGGCCGAGGGGAAUGCAGAGGAGACACGGAGCGGGCUGGCCUAGAGGACAGUCCGACCGCAGCAGCACGCUGGGCGGGCGGCGAUGGAGGCCGUGCGCUUCCUGCUCGUGGUGUGCGGCUGCCUAGCGCUCCCGCCGCGGGCCGAGCCCGUGUGUCCCGAGCGCUGCGACUGCCAGCACCCCCAGCACCUCCUGUGCACCAACAGGGGGCUCCGAGCCGUGCCCAAGACCAGCUCACUGCCUAGUCCCCAGGACGUGUUUACCUACAGCCUAGGUGGCAACUUCAUAACUAACAUCACUGCCUUCGACUUCCACCGCCUGGGGCAGCUCAGACGUCUGGAUCUGCAGUACAACCAGAUCCGCUCUCUCCAUCCCAAGACCUUUGAGAAGCUGUCCCGCCUGGAGGAGCUCUACCUGGGUAACAACCUCUUGCAGGAGCUAGCUCCCGGCACGCUGGCCCCGCUGCGCAAACUGCGCAUCCUUUACGCCAACGGGAACGAGAUUGGUCGCCUGAGCCGCGGCUCCUUCGAGGGUCUGGAGAGUCUCGUCAAGCUCCGGCUGGACGGGAACGCCCUGGGGGCGCUGCCAGACGCAGCCUUCGCCCCUUUGGGCAACCUGCUGUACCUACAUUUGGAAUCUAAUCGGAUCCGCUUUUUGGGCAAGAACGCCUUCGCUCAGCUGGGCAAGUUGCGUUUUCUCAACCUCUCUGCCAACGAGCUGCAGCCGUCCUUGCGCCACGCGGCCACGUUCGCGCCGCUGCGCUCCCUCUCCACGCUCAUCCUCUCCUCCAACAGCCUGCAACAUCUCGGCCCGCGCGUCUUCCAGCACCUGCCACGCCUCGGCCUGCUCUCCCUCAGGGGCAACCAGCUCACGCAGCUCGCUCCAGAGGCCUUUUGGGGGUUGGAGUCCCUGCGCGAGCUGCAUCUGGAAGGUAAUCAGCUGAGCCAGCUUCCCCUAACCCUACUGGAACCUCUGCGCGGCCUGGAGGCACUGGAUCUGAGCAGCAACAAGCUGUCUGCCCUGCACCCCGCCACCUUCGGCCACCUGGGCCGCCUGCGGGAGCUCAGCCUACGCGACAACGCGCUCAGCGCCCUCUCUGGGGACAUCUUCGCCGCCAGCCCAGCCCUCUAUAGGCUGGACUUAGACGGCAACGGUUGGACCUGCGACUGCAGGUUGCGGGGCCUGAAGCGCUGGAUGGGCGAUUGGCAUUCGCAGGGCCGUCUGCUCACAGUCUUCGUGCAGUGUCGCCACCCCCCGGCCCUGCGGGGCAAGUACCUCGAUUACCUGGAUGAACAACUGCUGCAGAACGGGUCUUGCUCGGAUCCCUCGACUUCCCCUCCCACAGGCCACAGGCAGUGGCCCCUACCUACAGCCACGAGGGAAGGGAUGACGCCCCCUGCUGAGGAGCCGCCACCCCAACCGCAGCUGCAGCAACGCGGGAGGCUUCUAGCAGGAGUAGCCUGGGAUGAGGCUGCCAGAGAACUCAUGGGCAACCGCAGCGCGCUGAGAUUGAGUCGUCGGGGUCCGGGUCUCCAGCAUCAAGUCCCCUCUGCAUCUGCUGCCAUGGGUCCUCCCCCACAGCCCCUGGACCUGCACGAGAAGCCAGCGAUGGGGCGUCCCACGCGUGCUGACCCUGCCCAGGGGGAGCCCACCCCGACGACUGAGCCCGCCCCCGAGCGGCCUUCGCCUAGAGACGCCGGGCAGCGCGCGGCACAACAGCGCCCAUCCGUGGAGCAGCAGGAGCGCGCUGCCCAGUCCGACGGCGGGGCCGGCCUGCCGCCGCCGCUGGUGUCUGACCCCUGUGACUUCAACAAGUUCUUCCUGUGCAACCUGACGGUGGAGGCGGUGGGCCCCGACAGCGCGUCCGUGCGCUGGGCGGUUCGCGAGCACCGCUGCCCCCGGGCGCUGGGUGGCGCGCGCUUCCGCCUGCUCUUCGACCGCUUCGGCCAGCAGCCCAAGUUCCACCGUUUCGUUUACCUGCCCGAGCGCAGCGACUCGGCCACGCUGCGCGAGCUCCGCGGCGACACGCCCUACCUGGUGUGCGUGGAGGGCGUGCUCGGGGGCCGGGUCUGUCCUGUAGCCCCCCGGGACCACUGCGCAGGGUUGGUCACGCUGCCAGAGGCAGGGAGCCGGGGCGGCGUCGACUACCAGCUACUGACCUUGGUCCUCUUGGCGGUCAACGCGCUGCUGGUGCUCCUGGCCCUGGCGGCCUGGGGGUCGCGCUGGCUGCGCAGGAAACUGCGCGCCAGGCGGAAGGGAGGGGCCCCGGUCCACGUGCGCCACAUGUAUUCCACCCGACGGCCCCUGCGCUCCAUGGGCACCGGCGUGUCCGCAGACUUCUCGGGGUUCCAGUCGCACCGACCUCGCACGACCGUGUGCGCGCUCAGCGAGGCGGACCUCAUCGAGUUCCCCUGCGACCGGUUCAUGGACAGCACGGGCGGUGGCGCGGGGGGUAGCCUGAGGCGGGAGGAUCACCUCCUACAAAGAUUUGCAGACUAGGUUCAGGGCUUCUAGGUGUGUGGAGACUGUCUCCUUGGCCUAGAAGGGCCAUUCUCCGUGGGCCCCCAGCUCAGACCCUGUCUUAACAGACCUCCUCCUUCCUCCUUUUCUGUGCAUUUGCCAGAAAGGCCAAGAGGGACCCAGAGCCAAUCUGGGUACCACCCUCCACUUCCCAGUACUGGUGAAGCAAAUGUAUGGUACUUCGUGGUCAAAGCCCAGGCUAAGGACAUAGGGUUGUGGGGGAGUAGAGGAAGGAGGACUUGGUGCAGCUAGGGGGUGACUCCCGUGGCCUCGUGAUGGAGUAGCCUGACCUCCUUUGAGCUAGGAAAGGGAGUUCUGUGUUCCCAACAUUGCCAGGAAGAUUCUGGUGCAAGCUUUUUUGUUUGCUGUCAGAGGAGUUCUGUUUCUAUUUGGGGCAGGGGGUGGGGGGAGGUUGCGGGGCGGAGGGACUUAUUACAAAGGAGGCUUGGCAACCGAUCCUACUGGUGUGGUGGUCUCUGCCAAAACGAGUAAGGUCAACAGGUGGCGACACUCUCGCCAAGGAACUCUUUCUGUUGGCUGGAGCACAUUGAGGAAACCUUAAAGCUUGCAUCAUAACAAACACCUGUUUGUUUGUUUGUUUUUAAGCAAUGUGAAGAGCUCUGGCAUUUAACAAACUGACCAAUAAACACAAAGACCAUUUUAGUUAGGCCAAGCCCCUUCAACAGUUUCCCUCUUAAUAUUCACAGGGCAUGUAUAGUGGCUGACUUUGAGGGUAACUAAGAUACACAUAUUCUCAGAAGGCUGCAGGCAAGACUUCUCUAUUAGGGUUGUUCCUGUGGUUUUAAUUUUAUUUUUUUAACCUAUAUAUGAAAAAGGAAAUUUCAGUACCAGAUUUGAUUUGAACGUGCAUUAUGUAUGUAACUGAUGGGUUUCCUGGGAAACUCCACCCUUCCAGCCCACUUAACUACAUGCCUGACAGUGUGUCUAGGUAGGUAUAAAUGUGAUGUACUUCUCAUUGCAUUUUCAUCAGUGACACACAAUUAACUGUUCUUAUUUUUCCCGAGUCGCAUAGUUUGACAAUAAAAGUCAUUUCCUAAUAGGGAAGCAAAGGAAUGGGGAUGUAGCUCAGUGGAGGAGCUGUUGCUUAGCAUGCUGGAGGCUCUGUGUUGAUCUCCAGCAGCACAAAAAAAAAAAAAAAAAAAAAAAAAGUGAAGGGUGAUUGUCAGUCCAUAGGUAAUCUUUGGCCACAUUAAUGUCUGUCUGUCUGUCUUUAUAUGAAAUAGUAGAUGGGAAGAAUUGUGAAAAGCAAAUGUGAAAAAAUCAGUGGGUAUCUUUUUACUAAAGCCAGAGGGUUGUUAUGAGUACUUAACUCUCACUGUGAAAUAGUUAUGUAUGUUGCAAAUUAAUUCCUCCACUACUCUGUGUCUUACUGUAUUAUUAAAUCCUAUCUUAUAGUAGUUACAUUAUUUCUUUUUAAUGUUUUUUUUUUUUUAAUCUUGGAUAAGGCUCCUGCAUUUGUUCAUUUGUUUCUUAGCUAUUUGGGAUACUUUUGAUCCCUGAUAUUUAUGAAGUCCAUGCUUGCUACUAAAUGUAGUGGUUAGUUUUGCAAUGAUAAUUUUGUGUGGGGGCUAAGCAUAGUCCCUAAAGGGGUGUAAACAGUGGCUAGAGUCACCAUGGUUUGGAUUCACUGGCAAUAGAGUGCUGGGGAGGCCUCUCCAGUGGUGCAAUGGCUAACAGUGACUCCUCUGUUUAGAACCUAGAGCCCCUGAGGGUCUCAGUGACUCAGGGAAUCCAUCAUAGCCCAGGGAUCCUUUAACCCAGUUCAUUCCUUUUAUGUUUGGCCUACAUAGAGCCAUUCCUGCCCUUGUCCAAGCAGCUGAGUAGGGACCGGGGAAUCUAAAUUAGCUGAUCUUUGUUUAUGUCCAGAUGAGUAAAUGUCCAGACUGCUUAAACUGCAGCUGCUUUUCUGGCAGUCUUAUCUGCAGGGCCCAAACUUAAUAAACCACAGGAAAUAGACUGUCAUUCUUAGCUGCCAGGUCUUGUUUUAGAUUCAGAGCAUAUGGGUGCAUGGGAGAGGUGGACUGUUUGCUCUUAUUUUCAGCCUGCAAGCUAUCUGGCACUGAUAAUAUAUAUUUCUGUGGUUUUUUUUUUUUCAUGUAUGGCACGAUUGCAUCUCUUAGCUAUUUCUCUUAUACAGCAAUACAAUAUUGGGUCCUAUUGCAAAUUUGGAAAAGACUUCUAAUUUCAUCUACCACCCACUCUUUUUCAACUACAGAACAUCACCAAAAAUGUUUAAUGCCUGGACAUAAAACAAUCUCACUGAAAGGUCUUUCAGUGGGAAAUGAAUAAAUAUUAUUCAUUGUUAUGUUCAAUUAUGUCAAUAAAUCCACUUACUAAUUA